UUGGUCUGGAGCUGUUAGGCCAGGGCAGCCAGGAUGGCCAGGGUGGCCAGGGUGGCCAGGGAAGCCAGGGUACCUAGGAUGGCCAGGGCGGCCAGGGAGACCAGGGUACCUAGGAUGGCCAGGGCAGCCAGGGAGGCCAGGAUGGCCAGGGAGGCCAGGAUGGCCAGGGAGGCCAGGAAGGCCAGGGUACCUAGGAUGGCCAGGGCGGCCAGGGUGGCCAGGAUAGCCAGGGUGGCCAGGAUAGCCAGGGAGGCCAGGGUGCCUAGGAUGGCCAGGAUAACCAGGGCAGCCAGGGAGGCCAGGAUGGCCAGGAUGGCCAGGAUGGCCAGGGCACGGCAGGGCAGUUUCUGGUGAGACCCUGGACCGGCCAUCCCUGCCCCAUCAUCUCCAGAGGAUGGGCGCAUGCGUUCUGUUUGUGUUUCUGUGGCAUUCGUGUGAUGAGAGAGUGGGGGAGCCGGGCAGGACGCUGAGCCUGCUCUCUGCCCGCCGGGGUCCAGCCACUUUCUAUUUGUGGGUCUCUGUGGCCUCGUCUCCAAAGUGGACCUAAGUGCGCUUUCCCUGCUUGCCCUCGCCUGCUUGGCUUCUGAGGAUCAGGAGGGGACUGUGCUUUGCAAGCUGCAGCGCCCGCUUUCUGGCUCCCCCGUGUCCAUCCCUCACGCCCAGAAGCGGCCGGGUUCUUCCCUUGAGAGAGCUCGGACAACGGGGUUUCAGAAGACGUCUUGGACUGUGAAUUGAGGCUUUGGGUGGCGACAAGAUGGCCUCGCCGGCAGACAGCUGUAUCCAGUUCACCCGCCAUGCCAGCGACGUCCUUCUCAACCUGAAUCGCCUUCGGAGCCGAGAUAUCCUGACGGAUGUCGUCAUCGUGGUGAACCGGGAGCAGUUCCGGGCCCACAAGACGGUUCUCAUGGCCUGCAGUGGCCUCUUCUACAGCAUCUUCACCGACCAGCUGAAGUGCAACCUGAAUGUGAUCAACCUGGACCCCGAAAUCAACCCGGAGGGCUUCUGCAUCCUGCUGGACUUCAUGUACACGUCCCGCCUGAACCUCCGGGAGGGGAACAUCAUGGCGGUGAUGGCCACGGCCAUGUACCUGCAGAUGGAGCACGUCGUGGACACCUGCCGCAAGUUCAUCAAGGCCAGCGAAGCCGAGAUGGUGUCCGCCAUCAAGCCUCCCCGGGAGGACUAUCUGGCCGGCCGGAUGCUGCUGCCCCCGGAAGUCAUGGCCUACCGGAGCCGCGACGUGGCCGAGGCCGGCGGCCCCCUGCGGAACGGGCCUCUGUGCGACGGCCGGGCCUUCGGGCCGGGCCUGUACAACGGGCUGACGGCGGCGCCGGCCUCGUACCCCGUGUACGGCCACCUGCCCGUCAACGGCUUCUUCGACGAGGAGCUGCGGGACGUGCGGAUGCCCAUGGCCGACCUGCCCAGGCCCGGCCCCUACCCCAAGGAGCGCGCCGCCCCCUGCGACAACCCGCGGCCCCUCCCGGCCGACUACGGCCGGGCCGUCAUGGAGGUGUCGGCCAACAUGUGCCACGGCAGCAUCUACUCCCCGAAGGAGGCCGCCGCCGAGGAGGCGCGCAGCGAGGCGCACUACGGCGCGGCCGAG